UGUGCGUAACACGUCACGUGACGGCAACCGCCAAAAUUUAAGGCGAAUUCACAACAGCGCAAAACGUUACAGGUUUACAACUUACUGGCUAAAAUAUCCGGCAGAAAACAAAGGAAAGGACUAACAAAACAUGGAGGGAGAGGCCACGAAAGGUGUUUUGAGUGUGCUGAGCCGCCUGGAAAUGCAGGCAAGGAGCCGCAAGGCCAAACCGCCUCAGCAGCAAAACAGUGUGAAGGAGCUGAAGUCAACGAUUGAUGCGCUCAUCACCCAGAGAGACCAGCUGAAAGCACAGAUAGAAACCCAAAUGUGUGUCCAGAAACUGAGGGCCGCUAUGGACAAACAGGGCGCACAUGAAGCGGACGAGGAAAUGGAUGACGGCUCGGAGAACUCAAAACUUCUACGGUUGAUGGCGAGACACGCACAGCUCAAAGACCUUUUGCAUGCUCAUCACCUCAUCGGUGGGUACGACAUUGUAAAGACUUGUCAAGGAAAAGGAGUGUGCGUCUCUCUGGCCACUGGCUAUGAAGGCGUCUACUUGGACACCUACAACCUGGAGAUAGACCUGAAGGAAACGUUGAGGAUCGGUCGGCACAACAUCCCCCCGUUCAUUCCCGUGAACAGCCUCGCUGAGCAGAGCAACAUGCAGACGGACAUCAGGGCUUUCCUGGGUGCCCUCAGCCAGCAUCUCAAUGCCUUCGCUGGUCGCAAGCAGCAGGUGAAGCUUGUCAAGGAGCUCCAUAAGUCUGUGGAAGUGUUGGAGACCAAUGCAUUAUGCUCAAUACUGGUGCUGCUCCUCACUGUGCCGAGAGAGAAGAUCGCAGUACUCUGCACGCUGGACUACGCUGACCACACCAGAUGCCUGCCGACACGAGUCUGCAUUGAAUGUGAAGACAAGGAGCUUCCUGGUUCUCCGCAUUGGAAGAACAAUAUCACUCUACUCAAGGAAACUCCUGUUCACAAAGCUUUGAUAACCAUGAAGAAGAUGGGAUAUAUUGUUUAAUUUUGUUGAAUACGAUGCAUCGUAAUGUGCACUGUUUCUUCAUAUUGUAUAAAAAUGUACAUACUGUAUUUCCAUUAUAAAUAAUAAGACAUCAAAUAUCA